UAAACAUCUCAAGAGAGGGAGUGACAGAAGACGAAAGAGGGAGGGAAAAGAGGAGAAUAGAGGGACAGCAGAAGCAAAGUCGCUGCUUUUUUCCCCUCCAGUGCUCCCUCGCUCCUUCUCUCCCGCUGACUCCAGGUUGAGACCAACAGGAAGGAUGCUGUUCCUCAGCCCCGCUCUCCUCCUGCUUCUCCUUCUCUACCCGGCCGAGCUGCCCGCGCAGGAAGUGCGGCUGGCGGGCGGUCGCCAAGCCAACGAGGGCCGCGUGGAGGUGCUGCACGACGGCGUGUGGGGCACGGUGUGCGACGACCAGGUGGACCUCAACCUGGUUAACGUGGUGUGCAAGCAGCUGGGCUUCCAGCGCAGCUUUACCUGGGCGCCCAGUUCCAGGUUCGGCCAGGGACAAGGUCAGAUCUGGUUGGAUAAUGUCAAAUGUGGGGGAAGUGAGUCCUCUAUUGCAGAAUGUGGCUCCAAUGGUUGGGGGGUCCACGACUGCACCCACGUUGAGGACCUGGGAAUCAUUUGCAGCCCGGAAAGGAGGCCUGGUUUCUCCGGAGGAAAUGCUCUUUCCACCUCCAGGAAUGAACCGAGAGAGUCGACGCAGAGAACUCCGAACACGCCGCCGCCGCCGCCGCAAUCAUACGUGCCGUCUGCUCACGGCCGAGGCCACGAGAUCGCCCUCCAUCGCAACCCGCCGUCCUCCGGCCGUAGCAGGAUCUCGCCGCAGGAGAACGGCCACGAGAUACAGAUUCUGCGGCGGUACCGGGGCCCGACCACCCAGCUGUCGCCCAGGCCGGCACAAAGACGGGAGCAGGACACGUCCAGGAGAGGGACGCCGGCGUCGAGGCGCCAGGCCGAGCGAGAGACGAGCAGAAACCAACCGUACAGUGGGAACCACGUCGAAGCAGAGCCGGUUUAUCCGCAGACGCCGGCCGAGACUGACCCACACACCAGCCAGACUUCUAACAGCGCGCAGCUGACCGAGGCUCGCCUGAGGGCCGUGCUGUCCGGCAGCCGCGGCGGUUUGGUGAACGAAGGCGUGCUGGAAGUGAAGCACGCUGGGAAAUGGCGUCACGUGUGCAGCCACGGAUGGGACCUCACCAGCAGCCGGGUCGUCUGCGGCAUGCUGGGGUUCUCUGAAGCCGAGGCGUUUGACCAAAACGCCUACAGGAAACUGUGGGACUCCAAAAUAGCCGAUCCUUCAUCCAGACUGCGGACACAGAUCACUAAGAAAGGAUACUGGGUGGAGAAGGUGCAGUGUCGGGGUGGGGAGGUCUCCCUGGCCCAGUGCCCGACCCAACUGUCCCUGCCCAGGAGGGAGGGUCCCUGCAGCGGGGGCAUGCACGCCGUCGUGCGCUGCGUCCCCGGUCCCCAGUUUGCACGUAACGCCAGAGGACGUGCGCCCCCGUCUGUGUCGACCAACGUGCGUCUCAAGGCGGGGCCCCGCGUUGGGGAGGGUCGCGUGGAGGUCCUGAAGGAAGGGAAAUGGGGCACCAUCGCAGACCACCUGUGGGACAUCGCUGACGCCAACGUGGUCUGCAGAGAGCUGGGCUAUGGAUCGGCAAAGGAGGCCUUGACCGGGGCUCAUAUGGGACAGGGUUCCGGUCCCAUCCACAUGAACACCGUGCAGUGCACAGGCAGUGAGAGGUCCAUUCUAGACUGUCCUUCCAAAGCGGUGCCCCUGUACACCAUUAAGCACACCCAGGACGCAGGUGUCCGCUGCAACGUCCCCAACACGGGCACACAGACCACAGUAAGACUAGCAGGAGGCCGAGACCGAGGCGAGGGUCGUGUAGAGGUGCUGAUGGACGUCGGUGGAGUGAGGCGCUGGGGCUCGAUCUGCAGCGAGAACUGGGGCAUCAACGAGGCCAUGGUGGUGUGUCGGCAACUUGGCUUGGGUUUCGCUUCGAGAGCUCACCAGGAGACUUGGUACUGGACGAGCUCCAGUGACGCCCGUGAUGUGGUUCUGAGUGGAAGUCACUGUACGGGCUCCGAGUUGUCCAUCCAACAAUGUCGCAAAAACGCACACGUCUACUGUCCCAGAGGUGGCGACGGGAGAUCCGCAGGAGUCACUUGCGUGGAGACUGCUCCUGACCUGGUCGUGGAUGCCCAGCUUGUCCAGGAGUCAGCUUACCUGGAAGACAGGCCCUUACACCUGCUGACAUGUGCCAAUGAGGAGAACUGUCUCUCCUCUUCCGCUGCCAGGAUGAACUGGCCUUACGGACACCGACGCCUGCUGAGGUUCUCCUCCCGUAUUAUGAACUUGGGCCGAGCUGAUUUUCAACCCAAAGCUACCAGGGAGAACUGGAUAUGGCAUCAGUGUCACAGGCACUACCACAGCAUCGAGGUGUUUACUCACUACGACCUUCUGACUCUCAAUGGCACCAGGGUGGCUGAAGGUCACAAAGCCAGCUUCUGUCUGGAGGACACCUACUGCCCUGAUGGUAUCCAAAAACGGUAUUCCUGCUACAACAUGGGACAACAGGGUAUCUCAAUUGGCUGCUGGGAUACGUACCGCCAUGACAUUGACUGCCAGUGGAUUGACAUCACAGAUGUGCGCCCUGGUGAAUAUGUCUUCCAGGUGGAAGUCAACCCAUCCUUGGACAUGGCAGAGUCCGAUUUCAAGAACAAUGUUGUCCGCUGUCGGUGCAAGUAUGAUGGAGCUAUGGUCUACAUGUUUGGAUGCCAUACAGGCGAUGCUUACAGUGCUGGUGCGGAGGACUUGUUUGACCACCAGCGUCAGAUCACCAACAACUUCUUGUGAACAAGACAAAUACAAGGACAGAAGAACCGUUCAACUCCUCAGCACACCUCAACAGGACAGGACAGAGCGGUUGAGAGACAAGGCUAAACGUCACUACAUACACACACACACACACACACACACACACACACACACACACACACACACACACACUCACUCACAUGUGCGAAGGAAGGACUCGGUACCCUGUGACUCUCUAUCAGAGGCUGUUCACGUCCUACAUGAUUAAGGAGAAACAUGGAGAAGAAGCAGGCAUUACACCAUAAAAUGUAUGGUAAUAUAUUUACAUUUUAGAUUAUUUGAAAUCAAUUAGAACUGAGAAGAAACAAGCGUGAAUGCACCACAUUGACACAGAGAACAACCGUCUGCUUGCAUUCAUUUUCCAAUUUUUUUUUUUUUUUUAACUGUUACACAUGUGCUUCUUGGUUUUGAAUGAGAAUAUCCUUUUUCUUUUAACUCCAUGGUGCUAUUUUGCCUUAUUUGAAUAAAUAGUGUAAUGUAUUGCACAUGUAUUGUCAUGUACAGUUUUAUAUUACCUCUCUGGAAUAUUUGUUAGGUCUCUAAUUUAUGCAGAUGUUAUUGUACUUUUGAGUUGGCAUUGUCCCUGCGUGGCUGUGUUUUGUAUUGUUCAUCCUUUGUUUGUUCUUCACCUGUCAUCCCAUGGGGUCUCGUCUGGUUGCGCCACAUUAAAAGCGCCAUAAACAUUACAGCAUUUAAAUGGUAGAGAAAGAAUAAACAUCAGAAUGACAAA